AUUGUGCUUGAUAUAGUAGCACUGUCACUUGCCUCUCGAUCUGGGUCAUUUCAGGGUUAGAGAAACUUUGUGAAGAUGGAUAUUGAUCUUUCACCAAAGUUGGCCAAGAAGGUUGGUGAAGGAGAUGGAGGUUCUUACUUUGCUUGGUGCCCAUCGGAGCUUCCCAUGCUCCGUGAAGGUAACAUCGGCGCUGCCAAGCUCGCCCUUGAGAAGAACGGCUUUGCUCUCCCCAAUUACUGUGAUUCUGCCAGAGUUGCUUAUAUUCUCCAAGGAAGUGGUACUGUUGGAAUUGUCCUCCCGGAGAAGGAAGAGAAGGUUGUACCAGUGAAGAAGGGUGAUGCCCUCGCCCUCCCUUUUGGAGUGAUCACAUGGUGGCACAACAAGGAGGACGCUGAGUUCGUAGUUCUUUUCUUGGGUGAUACCAAAACAGCUCAUAAAAGGGGUGAGUUCACCAUCUUCUAUCUCACUGGUACUAAUGGCAUUUUCACUGGCUUCUCAACUGAGUUUGUCAGCCGAGCAUGGGAUUUGGAGGAGAGUGUUGUAAAGACUCUUGUUGGCAAGCAAACCGGCAAGGGCAUUGUUAAGUUGGCGGGAUCUAAUAUGCCUGAGCCAAAGCAGGAACAUAGAGAUGGGAUGGCAUUGAAUUGCGAAGAGGCUCCUCUAGAUGUUGAUAUCAAGGGUGGUGGAAGAGUUGUUCUGUUGAAUACUAAGAACCUUCCUUUGGUCGGAGAGGUUGGAUGUGGUGCUGAUCUUGUUAGGUUGGACGGAGGUGCCAUGUGCUCCCCUGGUUUUUCUUGUGACUCAGCAUUGCAGGUGACUUACAUUGUUAGGGGCAGUGGCCGUGCCCAAGUUGUUGGUGUUGAUGGGAAGAGGGUCUUGGAAACAACAGUAAAAGCCGGUAACUUGUUCAUUGUUCCUAGAUUCUUUAUUGUUUCCAAAAUUGCUGAUCCAGAAGGCUUGGAAUGGUUCUCCAUCAUCACCACUCCCAAUCCGAUCUUCACCCACAUGGCUGGAAGUAUUGGUUGUUGGAAAGGUUUAUCUCCUAUGGUGCUCGAGUCUGCUUUCAAUGUGGAUUCGGAGACUGAGCACCUAUUCCGUUCUAAGAGGACUUCGGAUGCAAUCUUCUUCCCGCCACCAAACUGAUCAAGUUAGCUUACAUUUGCUAGUUUCUUUAGCCAAAUAAAGGCUUUCUGCUCUCGUUCUGCUCUCUAUGUGGGGAUGUAAGCUAUGAUGGUUUGCAAUUGGAUUUGUCAUAAACUAGCAACUUUCUGCAAUCUAUCAGUUGUGCUCUGCAUCUGUUCCGUGUAGUUCUAAUAUACCCUGGCUUCACGGAUGAGUUUGGGAAGAUUCUUCGAUGCCUUAGUUUUCAAUUUUCAUGUG